GACUACAUUUAUAAAUAAAAAUUUAACAGAUUUAAUUUUAGAAUAAAUGUGUAGAAAAAGACUAUUGCACUAAAAAGCUCUUCCAAAACCCUAGCGCCGCCCCUCCAGCAGAGCCACCACCUCCGCCACCAUGAAGCUCGACGUAGACGCGCUGAGGUACCUCUCCAAGGACGAUUUCAGGGUCCUCACAGCCGUGGAGAUGGGUAUGAGGAACCACGAGAUCGUUCCCGCGGAGCUCGUCGAGAGGAUCGCCGGGCUAAGACAUGGGGGAACGUCUAAGGUGCUGAGGAAUCUGCUGAAGCACAAACUGGUGCAUCAUGAUUCAUCAAAGUAUGAUGGGUUUCGGCUCACCUAUCUUGGGUACGAUUUCCUCGCAAUCAAGACCCUUGUCAAUCGCGGUGUAUUUGCUGCCGUAGGCCGUCAAAUUGGUGUUGGAAAGGAGUCGGAUAUAUUUGAGGUUGCCACGGAAGAUGGGACGGUUCUCGCGAUGAAGCUGCAUAGGCUGGGUAGGGUCUCUUUCAGGGCCGUCAAGUCUAAGCGAGACUAUUUGUCGAUCGGGAGGUUUUCUAGUUCAAUCAUACUGAAAAAACUGAUGCUAUGUUCCUUUCCUAUUUUGAUACCUCCUGAUGUUACAGUACUUUUUUUUUUUUCCCUCUUUGUUUUUCAGCAAGUUAAAAGCUCAUAUUGCAAUGAUGAAGACAGAGUGGAGGAAAAUCUAGAUUCAUGUAAUGUGAAAGUUGUCAGGGAGAACGAACCUACGGCAUCAGGAGAGCAGGAAGAUAGCAAUGAUUUGGAUAAUUCAGAUGAUGAUGACGAUGGAAGUGGUGAUGCCGAACUAGUUAAGCGCCUCAACAAGCAGAGAAAGCGAGCUGUUGCCGCCGCACGUGGGAGAAGGGCUUUGGCCUCGAGAAACUCUUACAAGGACAAAGGGGGUAAGUCGUCUCACAACUCGAAAAUCCAAAAGCAGGUUUCCAAGUGGUGAUGAUGACUGCAGAGCUGAUGAUCAUGGAGCUGAACAAAUUGAUCGGUUUAGGGUUAAACCGAAGUUUCUGAGAUCCUCGAUAAAAAUAAGCGGGACCACGAUUUUGCAGGCUCAAGCAUAAAUGUUUAAUCCCCUUGUACAGAAAAAUUUUGGUGAGUGAGCAGUUCCUGUUUAUCUUUCUUCUGUUUCACCCCUCCCUCUGUGAAAUGAGUAAAAGGCAUCCACAAAUUGUGAUAUUUAUGUUGCAAGUCUUAAUCACCUGUAUUCCCAGUUUUGGAAAUUUAAUUAUCUUUGCAAUGGCGUUUAUGCCUUGCGUAUGAAUUUGUUUUGUGCUGAAUAUAUUCAGUUCUUUUGAGGCCAUAUUCAUUGAAGCAACAUAAUUACUUAUUGAA